AUGCCGCCAGCAGCAGCUCCUCCGAAGUCCGCAAUGGCGAAGAAGCGCAAGAAAAAUGAGAAGCGCAAUCACAUGUCGAGUGUUUCCUUCUUUGACGAGUCUUUUGCGGUGACAGAGUUGGUGUCUCCUGCCAAACCUCCCGUGGUAGUGGCUCCAACUGCUACUAGUAGUUCUUCUAGUACGGCGUCGUUGAAGAAUGCUAAGAAGACUGUCACUCCACAAGAACAGACCGCAGGUCAACAGAGUGCGUCUCAGCCGUCUACAGAAGGAGCAGAGAAAAAGCCGCAGGCAGACAAAGCACAAAAACUAAAUCAAUCAGCAUCUUCCCUACCAGCAGUUCCUCCUUCUCCUAUUCCGAGUCGAUCGGGACGACCAGCUCCCAAAAAGGCGCUUCCCAAAAUCCCACGCAAUUCUCUACGAAACAACAAGCAGACUGUCAUCCACGCCACCAAGUCUCAUACCAAAGUGCCACUGUCACCCAAGCAUAGCGGGUCUUCCGCCAACUCGAGAAGUACUCAAAGCAGCAAUGCCACUCUGCAAUCACACAAUACUGGAAUGAAACUCGAUCAAUCCUCUUCUUCACUUCAGAGCUUACAAAACAAGAAAAAGACUAAACCCAACAAAAAGAGCAGUGUGUCGCCUCAGCCACUUCCGACACCCCCACCUCUUCUGCCGACUAUCAGUGCUGGAGGAUCCACCGUAGACACAGACACUACAGAUGUCUUCACGGAGGAAAUCAUCGACAAGCAACCAUUGACGAGCAGCAUCAAUAAAGAAGGAUCAAGACGAACAUCCACGCAAACCACACAAGCCGCACAAGGAGUCGUCAGCAGAAUACAACAAUUAUUACACGACAAAGACAAUGAUCAAGACAUGAUGAGCAGUGCUUCCACUAUAGGAGAUGGAGAUGGAGAUUCCACCUAUGUCAAUAGUGUGGGAACAAGCUCCAUCAUGAGAAUUGGAGGCAGAAACACCAUUGUGCUCACUGAUGAUGAUGACUCCACUAUUGGAGUCAAUUCCGUUACCAUUUCUAGAAGUACUCAACCGCAACAACGACAACUACAACAAAACAACAGUUUGAUGAAGUCUCCCGACAAACCACCCAAACCACCAAAGAGAAUAGCAGCACCCAAACCAGUCAUCAUUAUUGAUGUGGAUGAAAACGUAAGUGGUAUACAUACAAUCAACACCAUUAAUGAAGUCGACGUAGAUGAGCUCGAAGAAGAAUACAGUAAGAGUCAAAGUGCGCACAGCCAGCCACUGCCGGGGCCGGUAGAAGAUCAUCAACUCAGAAUGAGUCACCACAGUCAAAACAGCAGUUUCAAUCAAAGUCGCAGCAGUGUUCGAGACGAGGAACUCAACAAGAGUCACAAAAGUCAAAACAGCCAUAGCAGUUUCAAUCGCAGUCGCAACAGUGUUCGACAAGAGGACGAACUCAGCAAGAGUCAUAAAAGCCACAAUAGCAGUUUCAAUCGAAGUCGCAACAGCGUUCGACAAGAAGAAGAACUCAACAAGAGUCAUAAAAGCCACAAUAGCAGUUUCAAUCGAAGUCGCAACAGCGUUCGACAAGAAGAAGAACUAAACAAGAGCCACAAAAGUCAAAACAGCAGUUUCAAUCGAAGUCGCAACAGUGUUCGAGACGAAGAACUAAACAAGAGUCACAAAAGUCACACCAGCCACAGCAGUUUCAAUCGAAGUCACAACAGUGUUAGACAAGAAGAGGAACUCAACAAAAGUCACAAAAGUCAAAACAGCAGUUUCAAUCGAAGCCACAAAAGUCAGAAGGAAGAAGACGAAGAUAUCAACAGUCACAACAGCAGCCUCAAUCGAAGUCACAACAGCAGUUACAAUGAUUCCAAUUCCAUGUUCACACCACUCGUACAAGUACAAGAAGAAAAUGAUGAUGAAGAAACUGGAUCCGCACUAGAAAUGGCGCUGGCGAUUGUCAAUAAACCCUCUCGAAGUUACGCCAACAGCGAUGGGACCGGAUCUGUUGCGUCUUCGUUCAGGAGUUUCAGUACUCAUCGAUCCAGGGCACAUCUAGAUGAAAACCUAGAAUUCUUGCAUCCCAGUGUUCUGGAAGCGGCCAAAUUAGAGAAAAAAGCUGCGGAAUCCAAUGACAGCGAAGACCUAAUGACUUUGGCAUUUGGAACCGAUGGCAAAAAGAAUGUGCAAUCCUGCUGGGGUGGCAUGGGGGGUUGUGCAUUGUGUAUUCUCAUCUUGCUGUUUUGGGGAGGCUUUAUACCUUAUCUGGUUCACCGAAACGGUAAUUUGGAGAAUGCACCCACUGUGUUCCCGCUCACGCCUCCACCCCAGGCAGCGCCAAUAGAUGAAACUUUGAUCCCAUGGACACCGGCGCCGUCCGUUACACCGGGUACACCACGCCCGACAACCGCACCCACACCCACUGCAGACAACACAGAAUUGUUGGCUCUAUUGGAGGGCACACCAGCACCGGCACCCAAUAUUGUAGAGGAUUCUACUAGCAGCAACAAACCGACAUCUCCACCAAACACGACAGAACCAACGGUAGCGCCAAGCAACAUCACUGCGGCUAUCAACGAAACCAAUACUCCCGUUCCAGAAAUCACCACGAAUCCCACCAUUGCCCCUACAGUUCCAAUCACAGAGUCGCCAACGAUUGCCCCAACAGCUCCCCCAACUGAGGCCAUCAACGGAACCACCUUUGUUGUAAUUCCAAUUGAACCGGAGGACGAUGAUGACGAUGAUGACGAAUUCGACAAUUUGAACGGGACGACCAUUGUGAUCAUACCGAUACUACCAGAAGACUUGAUGGAUGAUACGGAAUCGCCAACGCAGGCACCCAACACUUCCACGCCUACAGUCCAGCCCUCUCCUCUUCCGUCUACGAGUGCUCCGACUGAGGCACCAACUGUCCCUCCUACAGUGGCUCCUUCUCCCAACCUACCUACAACCAGUGAACCCACGGGUGCUCCACGGCCAACCACCAUGCCAUCAGUCGCGCCAACAAGCCAACCAGAAGUUGCAUUUCCGGAAUAUACCCUUGGUGCGUUCAGCAAUCCAGCUAGUCCUCAAUCGAAAGCCUUCUCGUGGAUGCUUCGAGAUCCAAACUUUGGAUCGUACAGUCCUAAUCGAAUGAGACAAAGGUUCGCUUUGGCUGUUCUCUACUAUUCUACGGACGGUGACGAUUGGUGGACUGGCAACUACACCGUGAAUGCGGUAGGCCGCGGAGGUUUGUUUCCCUGGAUGUCCUACAGUGGGCACGAAUGUGACUGGUAUCAUCAACGGAAUAGUGAUGACUUUUCGUCCUCGGAUAUUAAUCGGGGCACGAGCAGUCUCCUUCAGCAGUACACGAGCAACUCUCUUGGAGUGGUCGUAUGUGGCAAUGAAUUCGAUUCUUCUGGAGUCUUUCGAUCGUACCGACAGCUGUGGUUGGAGGGGGUUGGACUGUCCGGUACUCUGCCGCCUGAGCUGGCCAUGCUGACGGCAUUGGAACAGCUUCACAUCAAUCAUAAUCAUGACCUGGCAGGGACGUUACCAGGCUCCUGGUUUUUGGACGAUAAGGAAGGGAAAAAUUCUUGGCAAUCGACGCUACUUGAGCUACAGCUAAAAAACAACAGUUUGACAGGAUCGGUGCCACCCGAAGUUGGAUUUGCGACCAACUUGGAAGUAUUGGAUCUUCAGCAAAAUGUGCUUCGGCGGUCCAUUCCGUCGACCAUUGGGCUGCUGGUUGGGCUGCAAGAUCUAUUGUGGAAUGACAACCAAUUGUCAGGAAGGAUUCCGACUGAGCUAGGAAUGAUGACGGCAUUGAAGGCAGUCAACUUGAACAGCAAUCGGCUUUCCGGUCGAAUUCCGAAUGAAGUCGUGGAGCUCAGGGCGUUGCAAGAGUUCUACGUGGGGCUUAACUUUUUAUCUGGUUCGCUUCCAUGGCAACUGGGUAUGUUGGGGGAGAGUUUGGAGGAUGUGCACGUCUACUCAAACCGUUUGACCGGGGCUAUCCCAAGCGAGCUGGGCUUGCUGACGAGGCUUCGUUGGUUCCAUGGAGGGUAUAAUCAGCUAUCGGGUGAAAUCCCAAGUGAGUUGGGCACAAUGACACUGUUGCAAUUGUUUCAAGUGGAAAACAACGCGUUCGAAGGACCACUGCCAUCCGAUGAGCUGGCGGCAUGGGGAAUGGCCGCCCGGGUCUGGCUAGACGGCAAUCCGGAAUUGUACGGGACAAUUCCUUUUUCAUGGUGUGGCAGGAAUUUGGAUGGUAGCAUCGAACUGGCCGAUGGAACAGUCGUCGCAUUGGACGACGCGGUCGUUCCUGUUUCUGGUCACACCGUGGACAUUCGGGUAGAUUGCAAUAGCAGCCUCACUUGCUCAUGCGCCAUAGGCUGUUCAUGUGUCUAA